UCCGCAGCGCCGACGGGCGUCUACACCGCGGGAACUCACCACCUGAACCGCCGCGCCGGCCACGCUACUCCGCUCAGACACACAGCGUCCCGUCCCCGGCUUCUCCCCGCCGCGAGACGCCCUCCGCGCGCGAGCUCGAUUUCUAUGUGCCGGCCUGAAUACCCCAUCCAGUUGCUCUAAAAGCUGAAGUCUCCGCCCUCGAGAGAUUUGAGAGGGUCCCCUUUCUCAUCAGCUCUUACCGAAGACCCCACAUGACUUCCUUCCCCCUAAGGCCCACGGUCCCGGAACCCCAAGACCCCAACAUGCAGCCUCCGUUACCCCCAAGUCCCCUGGACGUGGCUUUGCCACCCCCUCCCUGUGGUCUCCAGGCUUCUGUCCCACCGCCGCCACCCCCACCCCCACCCUGUGCCGUGGGGGUUGCUUCCCCUCAUGUCUACGGCCUGGAGAAGAGCCGGCUCCUGAAGGAGGCCUUGGAGAAGGCUGGCCCAGCCCCCAGAGGCAGGGACGAUGUGCGGAGGCUCCUCAAGCUCCACAAGGACCGGUUUCGAAGUGACUUGCAAUGGGUCCUCUUCUGUGCCGACCUGCCCUCCCUCAUCCAAGAAGGCCCUCAGUGUGGACUGGUGGCCCUGUGGAUGGCAGGCCGUCUUCUGUCAGCCCCUGACAGCGUCUCUCUAGAAAGACUGGUGCGGGUGGCCGUGGAGAGAGGCUACACGGCGCAGGGAGAGAUGUUCUCGGUGGCUGACAUGGCCACACUGGCCCAGGAGACGUUGGACUGCCAAGCUGAACUCCUCUGUGGUGGCCUGGGCGGUCCCAACAGAGAUCGGAUCCUGCAGCACCUCAUCACUGGACAUCCCUUGCUCUUCCCCUAUGAUGAGGAUUUCAACCAUGAACCGUGUCAAAAGAAAGGCCAUAAGGCCCACUGGGCAGUGAGCGCAGGGGUCCUCAUAGGUGUGCGGAGUGUGCCAGACCCGGGCUACAUGGAAGACUCUGAGUUGCCAGGCCUCUUCCACCCAGUGCCUGGUGCACCCCACCAGCCGCCAUCCUUCCCAGAGGAAAGCUCCCCAGGUGCCAUCUUCCUUCUCUCCAAGCAGGGCAAGAGUUGGCAUUACCAGCUGUGGGACUACAACCAAGUCCGGGAUAGCAACCUGCAGCUGACAGACUUCUCUCCUGCCAGGGCCGCCGAUGGACGGGUGUACGUGGUACCUGCCGGUGGGGUACAGGCAGGCCUCUGUGGCCAGAUCCUGCUGCUUAGACCGCAGGGGUGGAGCCAUUAGCUGGGGCUGGGGCACCUGACUCCAAGUUAUCUCCAUCACCGUUAGCGUGCCUCACUUCAUCCCGUGUGACGUCUGUCGUCCAGCCUGUAUCUCGAGGACCUCCUGCUAGAAAUCUAUCAUAAGAUCACCCCAUCUGUGGAGUCACAAGCGUGACCAUUGACCAAAGUCUAAAUUCAUACUUGGGGACUGAGUCACAGCCUGUGGAUCGGGACCCUUUCACAGGGUCUCCUAAGACCAUUGGAAAACACAGAGAUUUACAUUAUGAUUCACAACAGCAAAAUUACAGUCAUGAAGUAGCAGCAAACAUAAGUGCAUGGCUGGUGGCCACCACACCAUGAAACGCAUUCGAAAGGUUGGGACUCACCGAGGGGGAAUCUCUGAGUUCAGGACCAUCAUGGUCUACAAAGCAAACUCCAUGCCAGCCAGGGCUGUAUAGUGAGACCCUGUCUCAAAAAGCAAAAACAAAAAACAGGUCUCGCUGUGUAGCACUGAUGACCUAGAACUCCCUAUGUAGUAGACCAGGUUGACCCUAACCUCACAGAGAUCUGCCUGACUUUGCUUCCCAUAUGCUGUGUGUUCCCCAUGCCCCAGCCUAGAGGAAGACACUCUCUCUCUCUCUUUUUUUUUUAAGGACAGGGUUUCUAUGUAACUUUGAAGCCUAUCUUGGAACUCACUCCGUAAACCAGGCUGGCCUCAAACUCACAGAGAUCCGCCUGCCUCUGCCUCCUGGGUGCUGGGGUUAAAGGUGUGUGCCACCACCGCCCUGCUGAGGAAGGCUUGAUAGUAACUCAGAUCCUAGUGGUGAUCCUCCCACCUGAAUGUGACAUCUUCCAGGCCACUUUCAGUUCAGUGGACAUCUAAAGAGCCUGGACCCCUGUUACCCAUCUCCCUUCUCCUUGGCCUACUUAGACCAUUCCUCACCUGCCUGACAGCCAUGGCGGCCUUUCAGAUACCAAGACUGUAGGUGCCAACAGCAGCCCUGAGCUGGGUGUGGUCUCUCUCCCUGAGCUGGGUGUGGUCUCUCUCCCUGACCUGAGUGUGCUCUCUCUCCCUGACCUGUGAGUGGUGGUCACUCUCCCUGAGCUGGUAAGAUGGGCAAAGAUGCUUGCCAAUCCUGGUGACCCAGGGCCCCUGUAGCGGGGGAGAACUGAGUCCCACAGGUUGUCCCCUCCACGUGGUUGCUGUGGUGUGUGUGCAUUCAACACAAACUCAAAUAUAAUUUUAAAAAAUUAAA